ACCAAAACCUCUUCUUGUUUUCAUCCCUUAUUUGUUUGGUGCAAGAGUUGAGAUAUUGAUGAGUUGAUCGUGUAUAUCGUAUAUUCAGAUUAAUCAUCCCUCGUGUCAGCGUCUCGUUGUACAUGAUACUCGUUGGUCUUUGUUAGAAACAAGAAAAUUUAUUACUUCGGAACCUCCACUGUUACUCUUUGCGCAAUCGUUCCUCGCGAUGACGACCAAGGACGGUCCAAAGCUGCCCAAGCAGCAGCUGGCGAUUCUGGCCAUGGCCAGAAUUGCCGAACCCAUGGCCUACAGCUCAGUCUUCCCAUAUCUACCCAGCAUGGUCAGCAGCUUUGGUGUUCCUACCAACAAGGUUGGGAGUUGGGUGGGACUCACAUCUGGUGUCUUCUCCAUAGCACAAAGUACCACUGCAGUGGCUUGGGGGAAGGCUUCUGAUAUUUAUGGCCGGAAACCGAUAAUCAUCUUUGGUCUUAUGAGUUCAAUGAUCUGCUUUAUAGUAUGGGGCAUGUCUACGAACUUACCCAUGGCUAUUAUUGUCCGAGCCAUCAUGGGUGGUGGAAACGGAAAUGUUGGUAUCAUCAGAACAGUGGUUGCUGAGCUGGUUCCUGAGAGGGAGCUCCAGCCAAGAGCAUUCUCCAUCAUGCCUAUUGUUUGGAGUCUGGGUUCUAUUAUCGGACCUAGUUUCGGAGGGCUCUUCGCUGAGCCUGCAGAGCAAUACCCUCAAAUCUUUGGCCAUAUCAAGUUCUUCAAGCGCUUUCCCUUUGCGCUGCCCAACUUGAUUCUGAUGGUUUUCUUCCUAUUCUCCGCUACCAUUGCAGCCCUGUUUCUCCAUGAAACCCUUCCCAGUAAGCGAGGACACCGGGAUUGGGGUCUCUUGGUAGGAGAGCGUAUCACUCGCUCUUUCAAGACCACCCGCCCAGCACCCUCUACUCGUCGACCUUCGUUUGUCGACGGUGAAGCUACUUCACCACUUCUUCCUAACAAAACAGCACCAAAGAAGAAGACACACGAGCCUUCGGAACAUGCUAAGAAAGAACGCGUCAUUACCCGUGCAACAGCCAUGAAUCUCUUGAUCUACACUUUGCUGGCAUUCCAUUCCGUGGCUUAUGAUCAGAUCCUCAGUGUCUUCCUUAGACACCCAGUUGAAAAGCAUACUCCUGAGAACACCUCGUUUCCGUUUUACUUUUCAGGAGGAUUUGGCAUGAAGCACAGUCAGGUUGGCACCAUAUACACCAUCUACGGCAUCGUUUGUUGCGCUGUUCAGUUCCUAAUCUACCCUUCCAUCGUUGCUCGCUUUGGUGUUUUGCGUUGCUUCAGAGUCUGCUGUCUUCUGAUGCCACUUUCUUACUUCCUUACCCCUUACUGUGUUCUUUUCCCUACUCACAAGGGCCGCAUGAUUUCUCUCAUGGCCGUUAUGUUUAUCAAGGCUGCUGGAAUUAUUGUGGCAUUCCCAUCUGUCACUAUUCUUCUGACCAACUCCUGCACUUCUCUCCGUGUACUUGGUACACUCAACGGCUAUGCCACAACAUUCAGUGGUCUAGGUCGUGCACUUGGUCCAGCUUCGACAGGCGCCCUUUUCACAUGGGGCGCUGAUCAUGGCUAUGUUGUAACAGCGUGGUUCUUCCUCAUGUUCAUCGCUAUCCUAGGUGCUAUCCCGGCUUACCUCGUUGAAGAGGGAGAAGGUCCUUCCGCUUCUGUUUCCAGUUCAGCAGAGAACAGCGACACAGAGAAUGACCAGGCUUCGUCUUCAUCAAGUACGAUAUUGUUGCCCGAAGAUUCCGCCAUUGCGUCUGAUUCUGAAGAGGAAGAAGAGCUGCCUUUGACCAAGACUAAGUCUAGGUCUGUGGAGCAAAGCUACGGAACCAUGACAGGAGGGAAGUAAGGUAUUGAAACAGUCACAGCACUUCGACGACCUGACAACUUUCGAGGAUCCUACUCACAUUAUAUACCAUGUUUAGGGCAAGUUUAGGCCCAUCUUGUCCUAAAUUCCUGACUAGAUUAUGGGCUUCUUGUUUGUCAUAAGAGUCAGGUGUGGUUGCAACUUCUGCUGCAUUUGGCUUUUGCUUUUGUUUCAUGAUGGGAUAGUUGGACCAAGCUGCAUUUGAGUACAUCUUGCAUAGGCGGCGUCAAAGCAUAAUGAGUAUGAUAACGUCUCGCAUCUAAUGACGGAAGUGGUUGAUAAUAAAAGCGU